AAUGGAAAUAUUAAGGGAUUCAAUUAAAUUAUAGGAAGAAAACAAAAUGAUGAAAAAGCUUAUACUUUUAUAAUAAUAAGUUGGAUAUCCUUUGGAUAGUUUAAUAAAUGAAUAGUUCAUUCAAAAAUUACCAGAAGAAAGUUUUAUUUGGUAAAAUAUCAUUAUUAUUAAUAUUUAGGACAAUAAUCUCUAAAAAGUAUGAAUUAUUAACAGGGUAAAGAGCCAAUAAAGAAAUUAUCAUAUAGGAAGAAUUAUACAAAAACAUUACAUAUGGAAUGUUUGUAGAUGAAUGUUUUUAAGCUAUAUUACAUUUCCAUUUAGUAAUUACUGAUUAUAAAUUCAACUUACAUAUUAUUCAAGAUUCUAUAAGAAUUCUAAAAUAAUAAAUAUCACUCUUAGAAAGUCACAAUUAAUUAAAAUUUGAAUAACCAAAUAGAUUAUCAAUAUGUUAUACUAGACAUAAAAGUUUAAAAACAGAUAUUUUCAAUCAUUAUCAGAUUAAAUAUAAAGCAUAUCUUAAUGGAUAAGAAUAAAAAUCAAUCUAUGCAAGAGGAGAUGAAUUAACAUGUUCAUUUCCAAUUUUAGAAGAAAGUAAAAUUUUAACAAUAGCUGUUUAUGGUAAGAGAAAGGAAAAUGGAACAGAAUUUAAGAUUUUAAGUAGAAUUGAAUUAGAUUUAAAUGAAGUAUUGAUUUCAUUUCCUUUGCAAAGUUACUCUAAAGAAUUAAUAUAACCUUGUUUAUUGACCUUAGAUUAUUAAGAUGAAUCAUUUGAUGCUCAAUUUUAUGGAAAGAAUCCAAUUGAACUUUAGUAUUAAUUAAUUUGAUUAAUAUUAUAGAUUUUAACUUUCAAUGCCUUCAGAAAAUAGAAUUUAAAUGAUGAAAGUUCUUAAAUAAAGACAAGAAGAUUUUGCAAAUUAGAUUAGAUAUGAAAUAGAAACCAGGAAUUCUUAUAUCUAAUCAAUUAUUUAACCUUUUAAUGAUUUAAUUUAUAUCCCUGGAGAAGAUCUAAAAAAUAAAUAUGAAAUAGAUUCAUAAAGAUUUUCAUGUUCAGCUUGUUUAAUAUUUUGA